AUCUUCUUGGAUUCCUCUCCCUAUAUAAACAAGCCUUCAGGUAAGCCCGGAGAGCCACAAGCAUCACAAUUACCUGAACACACAGAAAAAAAGCACCCAAUGGCUAGCUGGUCUGCUGAGAACGCCACUGAAGCCUUCCUCAACACCCUCAAAAUGGGUCAGAAAGUGAACGAACCUGACGUUGCUGAGUUCAUUUCAGCUAUGGCUGCUGGAAACAACGCGCAGUUAAUGGUUGUCGCAUAUGAAACAUCCGCCGACCACAAGAUUCUAGCACUUGCUGCGGCGGCCCGACAAACCGGCGGCCGAGUUAUCUGUGUAAUUCCACGGCAAGAAGAUCUUCGUCUCUCACAAGAAAUUCUCGGAGUUGAAUCAUAUCACGGAAUCGAGUUCGUCGUGGGAGAAGCUGAGAAGGUUAUAAGAACCCAUUACAGAGAAGUGGAUUUUGUUUUGAUCGACUGCAAUCUGGACAGCCACGUGGCGGUGCUUGACGUCGUUAGAUCAAGAAAGAAUAACCAACGCGCCACCGUGGUAGUGGGUUUUAACGCGAUGAGCAAAAGAUCCGUUGGAGGGUGGUCCGGUGGAUCGACAACGCAUCUUUUGCCGAUCGGGAAAGGGCUGAUGGUGACGAAAGUUGGGGCGGAGGUAUCAAAAUCCGGCAGUGAUGGGAGGAGGAGGAGGAGAAGCCAGUGGGUUGUGAAGGUGGAUAAAUGCACCGGCGAAGAACAUGUCUUUAGGGUUAGGCUUCCACAGGGGAAAGUCAUUCAAGCCUAAGUUUUUUUUUAAUUUUAAUUUCAUAAUCUCUGUUGGGAAGACGGAAAAAAUGGAGUAAUUUUUUCUUUUUUAUUUUGAAGUCUUAGGGCUUAUUGAGAGAAUUAGUAAAAUCCUUCAAAUGUAUAUAGCAACGAUGGGAGAAAUUAUAUUAGAAGUUAAUUUUUUU